AUGGAUGAGAGAACAUAUAAUCUUAUUGGUGCUGAUUACCCUGGUAAUCGGGCAGAAGAUGUUAAAAAUCCAAGCUUGUGGUGGAUGACUGGUUUCCUAUUUGUUGUCAGCUUCCUUGGCCUUUUUAGUCUUGUUCCCCUCCGCAAGGAUAUGUUGAAGCCAAUUGCUCUUCAUAAUUGGCUUCAACAUAUUAUAGAAGGAAGUCAGACGAAUCCAACUUAUGUUGGAUGCGGUCUCAUAUGCUCUCACAUAGUCAGCUGCUCACUUCUUUUUGGGGCCAUCUUAUCGUGGGGUUUUCUUUGGCCAUUAAUAUCCCAGUAUUCUGGGGACUGGUAUCCAGCGGAUCUUGGUAGUAAUGAUUUGAAAGGUCUUUAUGGAUAUAAGGUCUUUAUCGCCAUUGCCCUCGUACUAAGGGAUGGUCUCUACAAUUUGGUGAAGAUUAUAGUCAUUACACUCAAGAAAUUAUGCAAAAAGAGCAACCUUCCGGCUGUUAAUGAGCAAAUCUAUGUUACUCUCCCAGCUAUUGGUCUCUUCAUCAUCGCUUCAUUAGUUGGACGUGAUGGUGGGGUUAUAGCUGGGAGAGUUCGUUGGACUUUGUAA